GGAUAGCGCUUCCCUUUUCCGAGCGAGCUAGUGCCGCCCCCGCCCAAAGUUCCCUGGGACUCGCGAUCUCGAGGCCACGAGGAGCCCAGGGAGGAAACGCAGACCGAAGGCGCAAGCACCGUAUACCUCGGUCAACGCCUUUGGCCUCAGAUCGCCCCGGCAGGGAUGGGCGACUCGAUCUGGCUGCCCUUCCCGGUGCUCCUCCUGGCCCUGCUGCGCGGGGCGGCCGGCUUCACGCCGUCUCUGGACAGCGACUUCACCUUCACGCUGCCGGCCGGCCAGAAGGAGUGCUUCUACCAGCCCAUGCCCCUGAAGGCCUCGCUGGAGAUCGAGUACCAGGUUUUAGAUGGAGCAGGAUUAGAUAUUGAUUUCCAUCUUGCUUCUCCAGAUGGCAAAACCUUAGUUUUUGAACAAAGAAAAUCAGAUGGUGUUCACACUGUAGAGACUGAAGUUGGUGACUACAUGUUCUGCUUUGAUAAUACAUUCAGCACCAUUUCAGAGAAAGUCAUUUUCUUUGAAUUGAUCCUGGAUAAUAUGGGAGAAGAGGCUCAAGAACAAGAAGACUGGAAGAAAUACAUUACUGGCACAGAUAUGUUGGAGAUGAAACUGGAAGACAUCCUGGAAUCCAUCAACAGCAUCAAGUCCAGACUAAGCAAAAGUGGUCAUAUACAAACCCUGCUUAGAGCAUUUGAAGCUCGUGAUCGAAACAUACAAGAAAGCAACUUUGAUAGAGUCAACUUCUGGUCUCUGGUUAAUUUACUAGUCAUGGUGGUGGUGUCAGCCAUUCAGGUUUAUAUGCUGAAAAGUCUAUUUGAAGAUAAGAGGAAAAGUAGAACUUAAAACUGCUAAGGAGAUUACUUAACAAUUGAAAAGGAAGAAGGUGGAGAAUUUUAAUACGCUGUCACAGCCAAGAUCAUUAAUAGUCUUUUACAAAACGUUUUCAGGAAAGUUAGUGAAAUUUUAAUGUGAAAGCAGUCUUCACUUUGUGUCCAGUUAACUUUAUUGACCCAGUUGUACUUAAGUGUAUGAUAGCUAUAUAAAACUUAGGUUUAAUUGAAUGAAGCCAUAUUAAUUAACUUUUCCUAAAUUUGAUAAACUUUCCCAAAUAACAUACAGGAGUUAACUAACUGAACACUGCUCAUAAACAUAGAGCCAGCUUGCUUUUGCACAGAAGUUUUUCUAGAUAUAUGGCAGUUACAAAUUAAUUAAAGAAGGUUCCAGUGUAUCGGGUUCUAAAUCAUUUAAGGAUUAUGUAAUCACAGACCGAAUAGGUCAGCUUUUCUCUAUUUACAUAUAUAUGCAUAU